AUGAGUUUCCAGGACGUCUUCCACGACCUGGAGGCGGCGGGGCUCCCGCCGCGGCCCCCGCCGCCGCCGCCGGGGGCCGUGGUGGCGCACUGCGUGUUCCAGAUCAACACCAAGGUGUCCGCGCUCCGCCGCCUCGCAGACGAGCUCGCCUGCGGCGACGACGUCCGGGAGCGCAUCCGCAGGGUGCGCGCCGAGGCCACGCGCCUGGCGCGGAACACGGCGCGGAGGCUCGCCGACCCCGCCGCCGCGGCCGCCGUCGGGCCCAAGCUGGCCAUGGACUUCCAGGCCGCGCUCGGAGAGUUCCAGCGGUUGCAGGGCCGGAUCAUCGAGGCCGACCGCCAGGAAACCGCCGCCGCCGCCCGCCGUGCUCGUGCGCCGCCGAUGUUCCGUCCUCCCCCGUCGCCGCCCAGCUACGGCUCGCCGCAAUCGAACAAUGCCGCAGCCGGCCCCGGCACGCGCGGCGCCGAUCAGCCACGCGGCAUGCAGAUGCAGCAGCAGCAGCAGCAGCAGCUUGUGGAAUCACGGAGGGCGCAGGAGCUGGCCCUGCUGGACAACGAGAUCACCUUCAACGAGGCGCUCGUCGAGGAGAGGGAGCGGGAGAUAUGCAAGAUUCAGCAGGAGAUCAGCGAGAUCAACGAGAUCUUCAGAGACCUAGCGAAGCUCGUCCCUGACCAGCAAGGGGGCAUCGAUGUCGUGGAGGCCAACAUCGAGACGGCCGCCAUGGAGACGAGCAAAGGACAAGAGCAGCUCACGAGGGCCGCGCGGACGCAGGGAUCGAACUCGUCGGUGAAGUGCUUGCUGGCCACUGUUCUUGGCCUCCUAAUGCUGAUCUUUACGUUAGUUUUUACAGCGUAG